GUCAUGGAAGCACUCACAGCGUACAACACAACUUCUCAUCAAACCUCCAAUCAUAUCAACAUCAAAAAUGCCGUCCUCACGAGCAGACAGCAUGUCUCCCGAAAGGGAGACCUCCACCCUCCCGUUUAUCUACGAUACAAUCAUCGUCGGAGCCGGCCCCUGCGGUCUGGCAACAGCAGCACGAUUACGAGAACACACGCCCUCUGCGAUCUUCACAGACGAGGAACAUCAUCGAUACCAUUGGAUUCGGAAGCAUGCUGGACAAGCUACGAUUAAGAAUUCUAAGACGGGAAAAGUUAGACCUUUGGGAAAUGAUCGAUUAAGAAAUGAACCUUCCUUGCGAGGUUCCAAUUCCCAUCCAUCGAUGCUCGUUCUGGAUAACUCUGGUGAUACCUGGAUGGCGAAGUGGGAGAGGUUAUUCAAGUUGCUUGAGAUUAGUCAUUUGAGGAGUCCGAUGUUUUUUCAUCCGGAUCCGAGGGAUCGAGAUGGACUGCUAGCUUAUGCUCAUGCCGCCGGACGAGAGGACGAAUGCAUUGAAAUUGCAGGCUGUGUCGGCAAAGAGCUGAGUAAACAUCAGAUGAAGAAGCGGAGGAAUAAUCGGAAACCGGGAGAACAAGCCAGAGCCAGCAUAACAAUCGAUGAGCGCGACCGGAAAGAUUACUUCACCCCACCCGCCGACCUGUUUACGUCCUACUGCACGUCCAUCGCCACGCGCUACGACCUCUUAUCACCCGAACUCAUUCAGAAAGCCACAGCAACAAACAUCCAAUACGACUAUGUCAAACAUAUAUCUCCCGAUGAGAAAAUCUUCACAAUCGCAACAUCAGAGGGACAAACAUACUACACCCGCACCGCCGUCCUCGCCAUCGGAGCCGGGAACACACCAACAGUCCCAGCACCUUUCCCACAGCGACCGAAUGGCGCUUUCCCACCCAAGACUUGCCACGCUUUCCAUCCCAAUGGCGACGCCAUUCUCCAGUCCCGUCUGCAUCGAUUGAGGAAGACAUCAGAAGAGACCAACGUCCUCGUCGUUGGUGGUGGUCUCACAAGCGUACAAAUCAUCGAUCGCGUUCUGCGUCACCAUCACCGCACUUCACCGAAUCUGAAAGUCUUCCAUCUCACCCGAUCGUGUCUGAAAAUCAAACCUUUCGAUGUUGAUCUCAGUUGGAUGGGAAAAUUCCGGAAUCAUGAGAAAGCUUCGUUCUGGUCUGCGGAUACUGAUCGUGAAAGAAGUGAAAUGGUGAAAGUGGCGAGAGGAGGUGGGAGUGUUACGCCGAGGUUUGCGAAAGUGUUGAAGAAUUGGGUUGAGAAAGGGAAAGUGGAGGUUCAUGAGGGGUGUAAAGUUGUGAGGAGUGAGUUUCAUGAAGAGGGAGAAGGAGAAGGGUGGUGGGAGAUUGGGACUGAGCCGAAGGUCGAGAAUUUGGAGAAGAGGAGGAUUCAUUUCGUGUAUUUUGCUACGGGCGUGCAGUCCGAUUUCGAGAAGUUGGGUAUGUUGAGGAAUAUGUGCGAGGAGUUUCCUGUGGAGGGGUAUGAUGGAUUACCGGCUUUGACAGAUGAUUUGAUGUGGAAAGAGGGAGUGCCGUUGUUUGUGACUGGGAGGUUUGCGGCGUUGAGAUUGGGCCCUGGAGCGGGGAAUUUGGAGGGAGCGAGAUUGGGGGCGGAGAGGAUUGCUUGGGGGAUGCAGGACUUUUUGAGUGGGAGUGAGGAGGGAUGUGGCAAUGGGGUUGGAUUCGGUGCUGAAGGUCAGAGUUGUGCUUCGGAGUAUAGAUUUGCGGCUGGAAUUGGGAGUCGUUUUGAGAGCUUGGAAGUAGAGGGCUGAUGAUAUAUCUCGCAAUCGGGCGAUUCGCAAGAUUAUAUUUCCGAUGCCCGAGGCCCUUUCUGUCUCUCAGAAUGAAGCUGACUGGCGAGAGAGAAUCGUAUCAUGUUGGCAAUGCUUCGGUCAAUUUCUUGGAGCCCGCUUGCUUGCCGAGCCGCCAAACGAGCUGCGACAGAACAAAGUUGGCGAAGAAUGUGCGAUGAUGCACGCGGAAGUGAGUUGGAAGACUUAGCCUGUGGUUGGCCAUGUAAUUGUAAUGCACGUCACCAUCGAACUUUUGUCUGCACUUCAUGCCAAAUGCUGUCGUGGUGUCAGACCCUGCAUGUUCCGUGAGCAUCAGUGGCAGUGGGGUCUCGAAGAAAGCUCUUGGCGUUGAGUGGAGGGGCCAUUGGACAUGCUCCCCGCC